AUGGCUGUGGCCUCUGCCGCCCCAGGGAGUAUCUUCUGUAAGCAGCUCCUUUUCUUGCUCCUGGUUCUAUUAAUAUUUUGUGAUGCUUGUAAGAAAAUUUCUCUUCGAGUUCCCUCUCAUCUUCAGGCUGAAACACUUAUAGGCAAAGUGAAUCUGGAAGAAUGUCUCAAGUCUGCAAACCUCAUUUUGUCAAGUGAUCCCGACUUCAGAAUUGUGGAAGAUGGCUCAAUUUACACAACACGCGGUGUCGUUUUGUCUUCCGAAAAGAAAAGUUUUUCCAUAUUACUCUCAGACAGUCAGAGGCAGGAACAGAAAGAGAUAGAAAUUGUACUGGCAGCAAGUGAAAAUAAGGCUCGCAAGAAGAGACAGGCGAAAGAGAAGGUUCUCAAACGCAACAAAAGGCGAUGGGCUCCUGUUCCAUGCUCACUGAUGGAGAACUCAUUAGGUCCAUUUCCCCAACACGUUCAGCAGAUCCAAUCUGAUACUGCACAGAACUAUACCAUCUUUUACUCCAUAAGUGGACCAGGAGUGGACAAAGAACCCACCAAUCUGUUCUUCAUAGAUAAAGACACUGGGGAUAUCUUUUGUACACGAAGCAUAGACCGUGAGCAAUAUCAACAGUUUUCGUUAAUUGGCUAUGCAACAACCCCAGAUGGCUAUGCUCCAGAGUAUCCACUCCCCUUAGUAUUCAAAAUUGAAGAUGAUAAUGAUAACGCCCCAUAUUUUGAAAACAAACUGACUACCUUUAGUGUGUCUGAAAAUUGCAAAACUGGAACUUCUGUGGGACAAGUGACUGCCAUAGACCUUGAUGAACCUGACACUCUACAUACUCGUCUGAAAUAUAAAAUCUUACAACAAAUUCCAGGGAGUCCAAAACAUUUCUCCAUACAUCCAGAUACGGGUGUCAUCACCACAUCUGCACCUUUACUGGAUAGAGAAACAUGUGAUACUUACACAUUGAUAAUGGAAGUGAGAGACAUGGCGGGCCAACAUUUUGGUUUAUUUAAUACAGGAACAAUUACUAUUUCACUUAUAGAUGAAAAUGACAAUCCACCAUGUUUCACAAAAACUUCUUAUUUUUCAGAGGUAGAAGAAAACAGAAUUGACGUAGAGAUUUUACGAAUGACGGUACAUGACCAGGAUUUGCCCAACACGCCUCACUCAAAGGCUGUGUACACAAUCCUACAAGGAAAUGAAAAUGGAAACUUCAAAAUUACUACAGAUCCAAAAACAAAUGAAGGGGUCUUGUGUGUUGUCAAGGCAUUGAACUUUGAAGUCCGUCAUCAAAUUGUUUUACAAGUUGGUGUACUUAAUGAAGCACAGUUCUCUAAAGCAGCAAACUCAAAAACCCCUACUAUGUGCACUGCAACUGUCACUGUUAAAGUUAAAGACAGUGAUGAGGGCCCGGAAUGCCAGCCACCAGUAAAAGUUAUUCAGAGUAGAGAUGGCCUUGCAGCUGGCACAGAACUCCUCGGAUACAAAGCAGUGGACCCAGAAUCGGGCAGUGGUGAAGGCUUGAGGUAUACGAAGACAGGAGAUGAAGAUAAUUGGUUUCAAAUCAACGAACAAACUGGCAACUUGAAAACUGUAAAAGUACUAGACAGAGAAUCAAAAUUUGUAAAAAACAACCAAUACAAUGUUUCAGUGGUUGCGAGGGAUGCAAGUGGCAGAUCUUGCACUGGAACGUUAGUAUUUCUUUUGGAAGAUUUUAAUGAUCACCCACCACAAAUUGACAAAGAAGUGACAAUCUGUCGUCAUGAAAACAAUUUUGCUCUCCUGACACCUACAGAUCUAGAUGGGCCUGACAAUGGCCCACCUUUUCAAUUCUUUUUGGAUAAUUCUGCCAGAAAACUUUGGACUCUGAAAACAGAGGAUGGUAAAACUGCUAUUCUUCGUGAACGGCAACCUCUUGAUUAUAACUAUUAUCCUGUGUCUAUCCAAGUAAAAGAUAGGCACGGGUUGGCUGCAAAUCACAUAUUAUCAGUGAGAGUAUGUGACUGUACAAUUCCAUCUGACUGUAGAAUGACUGUUAAAGAUGAGAGAGAUGUUAAGAUGGCAAAUGUAAUUCUUGGAAAAUGGGCUAUUCUGGCCAUGGUGUUGGGUUCUGCAUUGCUGUUAGGUUCUCUGUUUACGUGUUUCUUUGUUACUGCUAAGAAAACAGUAAAGAAAUGUUUUCCAGAAGAUGUGGCCCAACAAAAUUUAAUUGUGUCAAAUACUGAAGGACCUGGAGAAGAAGUGACGGAAGCAAAUAUUAGACUCCCCACACAGACUUCUAACAUUUGCGACACAAGCAUGUCUGUUGGCACUCUUGGUGGCCAGGGAAUCAAAACACAACAAAAUUUUGAAAUGGUCAAAGGAGGCUACACUUUGGAUUCCUGCAAAGGAGGUGGACACCAGACCUUGGAAUCUAACAAGGGGGCAGGACAGUGUGUGAUGGACACUGGCAAAUACACAUACUCCGACUGGCACACUUUCACCCAACCUCGGCUUGGUGAAAAGGUGUAUCUGUGUGGACAAGAUGAGGAACAUAAACAUUCUGAAGACUACGUUCGUUCAUAUAACUAUGAAGGAAAAGGGUCGAUUGCCGGCUCGGUAGGCUGCUGCAGUGAUCAGCAAGAGGAAGAGGGGCUUGAGUUUCUAGAUCACCUGGAACCUAAAUUUAGGACACUAGCAAAGUCAUGUGUAAAGAAAUAA